UUAAAGAAAGAGUCUCUGGAAACUGGACGGAUGAUGUUUACUUUGGCACAACUCGAGUCCUUAGAGAUUUGCCUGAAGGAAGCAGAAGAAAAGGCUAAAGCCUUAUCUGAACAGCUUGCAGCCUCUGAAGGAACAAAAUCAAAACUGCUUGAGCAAGUUUCCUGGCUGGAGGAAAAACUAGAGGCUCUGGACCAUAAGGAAGACAGCAGGGAACCAUAUGAAAAAAUGGUUCUUGCAAAAGACCAGUGCAUUGAGAAAUUACAAGCUGAAGUGAAAGCUUCCCAGGAGCAACUUACAGCCCAUAAACUAAAGCAUAAAAGGAAACUGAAAAAGCUACAAACUGAUUUGGCAACAGCUAAGCAAGAGGCUGCCAUCACAGUCCUGGAACUCAAUGAGAAGAUAAAGGCUCUAUGUGAAGGAAAGCCAGCCCCUAGAGAAGACAACUCGCUGGAAGAUUCCUGUAGCAAUCUUCCGCCUGUGGAAGAAGGUGAUCGAAAAAUUAGCCUGAUUAUGGAGUUGUCGACCCAGCUUUCCAUUCAGACUGAGAAGAUCACUGAGCUGGAAGAAGUGUUAGAGGAAAAGGAGAGGAAGAUUCGGCAGCUGGAAGCUGAGCGGGGGCCCUAUCCUUUCCAAAAGGUCGAGGACUCUUCAGAAUGUUUACAAGAAACCUCCAUUUUCUCUAAUAAUAGUGUCACUCCCGUGGUCUCUGAUGAGGAUAUAUAAAGAUUCCCAGUAAGAAAACAAUAAAAGUGUAUUAAGUGUUAUGAAGGUAAAGUCCAGAACCCACGUAGUCUCCUCACUGGCAAACUCAAGUUCAAGGUCAUGGGUUUGAAUAUAUCCUAGAAUGUUGAUAUUGGAAGGAAGAAAACAAAAGGAAGUGUUCAGAAUCAAACACUGAAUGUUUCCCCUUUAAAAGUCAGCAGUCACAUAAUCCACACAGCUGUAGAAUACUAUGUUUUUAGACAUUCCUGCUAACAGUGGAAGAGGGAAAAACACAAAACUAGACAGAUGGUCAAAGAUCUUAGCAUUAUCCUCUUACCAGAGGUUUGUCACACUGCAAGGGAAGGGUAGCACCAAUCCUGCUUUAGUAUGCAGCUCAACUGUGAACAGAAUGCUGUCAUGGAGGGCAGGCUUCAAACUGGGGAAUGUUAGCAUACUGAAGAGCAGAAUCAUGGCCAGCAGGAUAAAUAGGCACGAGGUCUGUCCUUUCGUAUCUUCUAGAAUAUUUUUCAUUAUGGCAGGUAUUUUAUUAACAUUUAGCAAGGGUAGAAAUGAAAUAAAACCAAAACAAUUGAAAGAAAUAAAGAAUGGAUGAAUCAGAGCUGCAGUCCUUUGGGAAAAGUGUCCAAGGACAGCCUCUCCUUGGGAAAACACAUAACACUGAUUUUUCCCUUAGGAGCAAGACUAAGACC